AUGAAGCACCUCCUCCUCCCCUCCCAGCUCCCUCUCCUCCUCCACGGCCGCGCCUCCAAGCCCCUACUCCUCCACGCCCGCCAGCGCCACCGCCACGCCCCAAGCGCGGCACCCGACGGCAACUCCGGCGACACCUCCACGGCCGAGUCCGAGCCGCCUCCCACGAACACCCAGCCCAGCCCGCCACCCUCCGCGCCUCCGUCCGCCAACUCCGGCACCACCAGCGUCAAGACCCGCCUCCGGUCGAGGAACCAGGCCCGCCGCGUCCAGGAGCCGUACCUGCCCCCGGUGGAGGUGAAGAUGAUGAGGGGCAAGGGCAAGGCGAACGCUUCCGCGGCGCCGAGGAGGGAGAAGGAGAAGCGGAAGAAGACGUGGGACGAGAUGAGUCUCGGCGAGAAGGCCUACGAGCUGUACGUCGGGGAGAAGGGCGCCCUCUUCUGGCUCAACAAGUUCGCCUACGCCUCCAUCUUCAUCAUGGCCGGCGCCUGGAUCCUGUUCCGCUUCGUCGGGCCCGCCACCGGGCUCUACCAGCUCGACGCGCCGCCGCUGGCGCCCACGGACGUCCUGCGCGGCUCCUAG